AUGGCGAUGCGCGCCGGCAGGGAGGGCCUGGACGGCGGCGCGGCCGUCCAGGGCAUAGCGCUGCUGGACCCGUACUUCUGGGGGAAGCGCCCGGUGCCGUCGGAGACGCGGGACCCGGCGGAGCGGCGGUUGAACGACCGCAUAUGGAGCUUCGUCUGCGCCGGGGAGGUACGGCCCCGACGACCCGGUGGUCAACCCGGUGGCCAUGGCGAGAGACGAGUGGCGGCGGCUGGGGUGCGCGCGCGUGCUGGUGACCGUGGCCAGGCUGGACGUGCUGAGCGCGAGGGGCCGCGCGUACGUGGAGGAGCUCAGGGCGAGCGGGUGGGGCGGCGAGGUGCGGCUGUACGAGACGCCCGGCGAGAACCACGUCUACCUUCUCUUGCAGCCGGACGGCGAGAAGGCGGCGAAGGAGAUGGAUGCGGUGGUGGCCUUCAUCAACGGCGACCGGUCAUUCGGGAACUCGAAGCCAGAGCGUUCGGCCAAAUACACAAAUAUCUUAGGAACUCUCGCAGAAGGACAGGAGAAGAACAACGAAAAAUGAAAAUCCAGUUGCAAGUAAAAGGAACAAAUCUAUCGUUCUCGUUCCCAUAG